CGUCUGAGUUCGAAAAGAGGAGCCGAAGAGAGGAGAACGACCGCGAGGCGCAACGGAAUACAAAAAGCGGCUGAAGAAACAAAAGAAUCCGAUCCGAAACAGCUCGCAAAAAACUAAAUAGCUGCUAAAUAAAUAAAUAAAUAAAUAAAGCUCGGGCUAUCAGAUGUCGGGCCAAGAUAAAAAUACGCACUAAUGGAAAUAUAAAUAUAAAUAUUAAUGCAAGCGGCAGUCGCAAAGUGCAAAACGCAGUGGACACCACUUGAAGAAAGAGUGAUGUGAUGUCAUAAUAAAACUUUGCCCUUAUCGACAAUAUAAAAAAAAGUGAAAAAAACGAUAUCAGCGGAAAAGCGAGGUAAAAGUUAAUAAAUACCGCCAAGCAAAUCGAAUUGCAAUUUGUGAUAACAAAGCGAGCAUGACGGACUACACGGAAUACGUGGAAACCGCCUGGAAGUAUGCGGAAUGGCUACCUUACCUCCUCGUCUCCUACGUGGUAGUCACCCUGCUGCCGAAGUCCCUCAUCCGGAUGAAACGCUUCGCGGACGCGGACUACGAGGCCAACAGGAACAUGUUUCACCGCUGCUACGGCCCAGAGCUAUGCUGCCACGUUCUGGGCCAGGAGCAGGUCGCCGGAAAGGUGAAGCCCAAGGCCAGGAAGCCAGUGACCCGGGUGUAUCCCAAGCGUCAGCAGGUGGCGCCCAAAGCGGAGCUACCACCUCCUAGUCCAGCGCCCGUUAAGCGGAGCAACGUCACCAAGAUAGCCAGGAUGUUUGAGACGGGCAACACGCGCCAGGUGAGCCGCGUUGCGCCCAUAACGCUUCCCGAGAUCAGGAUGUUCGGAGCAAGCGAUGAGUCCAGAGACUCGACGCCCUGCGUCUCGCGGAAAACCAGCAUCGCCAGUCAGCUCUCGGCUCAGCUGCAGCACAUCGAGCAGACGAUGCACCUGUGGCAGGAACUGGAGGAGGAGCCCUCCAAGAAGGCAUCCAGCCACAACGAUUGGGAGCCCAUGGCAGUGCCGGUUCCAAGACGAACCCGUGGUACCUCUGCCACGCCCUCCACGGCCUCCCCGCUCUCCAGUUCCCCGGAACUGGAGCACUCCCGAUCUCCGGUUCUCCUGAGGAAGCCGCCUUCCCUGUGCCUGCAGACCAGCAUGGAGGAUAUAUUCCAGGUGAUCGCCCGGAGUGCCGAGGAGCCGGAAGACUGCCCGGACUGCCAGUGCCUCUCGCCGGUGACCAGCAUCGAUGAUAUUCUCUCCGAGCGGAGGUUCUCACGCCCCCUGUCCGCCUACUCCAUCACCGAUCUCCUCAACGAAGAGCAGGCCUCGUGUAUCGAAGAGACCACGUACAUCAACGAAACCAGAUGAGGAACACGGUGGGAUUGAAGGAACGUUUUAUAGUGCCAUCCCCCAGGGUCAGAUGGAACAACCAGGUGAACUCCCAUCCCAACCAGGCAUUUGUCCAGGAAACAAAGCCACCGGAGACCUUGCCAAGUCCCCCAAGUCCACAGGAAAACGCCCGCAUUUUGUUUGUUUAAUCGACGGAAACUUAAGCAAAUCAAAGUAAAGACUUUCCAACCUAAAUCGCAAUUGGCAAUCGAAGCCUGUACUUAGAAUCCCAAUCAAUUGUAUAAAAAACGUUAGUUGUGUCAGGAAACCGAAUUCAAAUUGCGAAGCAUCUCAUUCACAGAGAACAGUACUGCUAAACUAAUAUGCUGAUUGUACGUAUUAACUUAUGAAUAAACAUGAAUUUGUAUGGUAGUAUUACUUAUCGUUAAAUGUACUAUAUGUUGUAAAUGAAAACUGUAUUAAAUGCAGCACACACACACACACACACACCUUAUUAUCGUAUAUUCUUAAUAAAGAGAAAACACUGUAUGCACAGCUGCGCCUGGGCAUUCGAACAAUUUU